UAAGCAAUAUGGCGGACAUGCGGCGAUAGAGUAAAAGGGGAGAUCUUGCACCCUUCGUAAUGACUACCCACAAGGCAGACAAGCCUGAUAAACCUGGGGAAUGGGUGCAGUCCCUUAUCAACAGGUUCGACAAUAACCUGCCAGUCAAGACAGGGACCCACACAUCCCAAUCUGUUCAAAACAUAGAACAAAACAAGGACUGCUUGAUCAAUGUCAGUCGGCACAAGUUUUCAUUAGUGAUAAACGGGCUAACCAAGAUACUCCAGAAUGUGGACUCUAUGUUUCAUAAUACAAGAUUCAAUCCUGAAGCUGAGCGGAAUUUCUAUGAGUCCCAGAUCAUAAUUCUUGAUACUCUGGAAAGGGUCCUGAAUGGGGUACGUAUACAGCAACCAAAAGACACGUCUCGCUUAGAUGAAGCAAAAUAUGUUCAGCUGUUGUUACCAGAAAUAUGCCGGUUUUUGAAUCAGGAGAAUGCUCCUCCACAGUUACGAGCUCUGGCCUCAAAGGUCCUUUUUGCUCUUAGUCAAAAUAACUUCACAGCAGUGUUCAACAAAAUUUCAACCAGGUUGAUGCAGGCAACGAGUAGUGAAGAUGCAGGAGACUACACAGAUCUCGAGUUGAUACAACACAUCAAUGUAGACGUGGUCCGACUCAUCAGGCUUCUGAACGAGGUGAAUGCAAGGUUCAAAACAUUGAAACAGAAGAACUGUCAGCUCAGUUUGUCCUGCAAUCUAGAAAGAGCAAUAUGGAAUUGGAUGGAUAAUUACCCGGAGGAAUUCACCGACCUCCAAAAGAGACAGAACGAGGAAUUGACUGAGUGCUGCGACAAGAUGUUCGAGCUGUUUAGUGGCUUCUCUGAGAGCAGUAUAAGAAAAAAGGCCGGGGUUUGGCCACUCCAGAUGAUGUUGAUGAUACUUUGCCCGAAAAUCCUUGAGGAGAUAACCAAUGCUGAUAAUGGUGCACCUUGUUCACAACAACAUCUGAAAAAGAAACAAUUUAUUGACGAAGUGAAGAAGGCCCUGAACAUCCAUCACGGCUCUUCUAAACAGGUGCUAAUAGAGGGUGCUGCAGUAACAUGUGUAAAGCUUUGUAAGGCGUCGACCUACAUAAACAAUAAGGACUGUAAUAAUGUCCUGUUCGUCUUGGUGCAUUCUGUUAUACAGGACCUCAAGAACUUGUUAUUCAACCCCCAGCGUCCCCUGAGUAAGGGUCCAAAUGUCAACUCGGACGUGGAACUCAUGAUAGACUGUUUUGUGUCCUGUUUCCGUAUCGCACCUCACAAUACUGAUUUGUUAAAAGUUUGUCUGAACCAGGCGUCGCCCUCCGUGUUCCAUAUUGUCCUUGUGAAUUCAUUACACCGGAUCAUCACUCAGAACGGCUUGUCAUGGUGGCCCUCUGUCAACUUUGUGUACUCCAAGGCAGCAGAGUUACGAGUGAUGUUUGUCGAAGCUCUCAAUAAGGCCACUCAGGGUUACAUAUCACAUCCACCGCCGCGUGUCGGUGGUCUGUUCUCCACAUCUCUUGCUGGGAAGGUUAGCGUGAAGUUCAAAGAGAAGGGCGAGAGUGAUAAUACAAAGUAUCUCCUGCAACACCUGGUGAGACUCAUCCAUGCUGACCCUGUACUCAUGUUGCAUAAUCCUGGUAAAGCUGGUCACGAGAUUCAAAGCAGCACCGUUGAGCUGAUCAAUGGAUUAGUGUCACUGGUCCACCAGCAGAGUAUGCCCGAUAUUGCCCAAGAGGCGAUGGAGGCACUGCUCGUACUACAUCAGCCAGAACAUAUUGAUCUGUGGAAUCCAGAAGCUCCGAUCAACACAUUUUGGGAUGUCAGUUCGCAGGUGGUGUUCACAAUUUCGCAGAAGCUAAUCCAACACCAGAUUUACAACUACACAGAGAUUCUGAGAUGGUUACGAGAAAUACUGAUAUGUCGAAAUCAGUUCCUGAACCGACAUAAGGAGUAUGCAAACGUUGGCAGCAAUAUUCCCAUCUGUCGACAGGCACAAAUAAAACUGGAGGUGGUGUUUUUCAUGUACCUUUGGAGUAUUGAGAUUGAUUCCGUUUUAACAGCGAUGUCAUGUUUUCAACUUCUCUGCGAUGAAGCGGAUAUCCGCUGUGGCCCAGACGAGCUGGCCAUGAGCCAGAGUUUCCCGAAUCACAGCGUGUACAUGGAGCUGGCUCACGCCAGUCGAAUCUUGACCACGGGCAGAAUGGCUCAACAGAAACGCAUCAUGGCAUUGUUGAGGAAGAUAGAUCAAGCUACUCAAGGGAAUAACCAGGCUUGGGAAGAUACCUUUAGGAAUUGGGAAAAUGUAACAAAAUGGCUGACGAAUUACCCCAAAGCGAAGUAUGAUGAGGGGAUGGUUAGUGAAAGGGCAAUGGCCAAGCGGCGGGCCUCGUCACAUACCAACACGGAACAUGAUCUUGAGGACCAGUUGAACGAGUGGGCCAAUAUGACAGGAUUCCUUUGUGCCCUUGGAUGUGUCAGUCUCCAGAAUAAACCACACCGUGCAAGCAUCAGUACAUGCGGUAGCGUUGACAGUCGCAAGAGUAGCGUGCUAGCUAGCUGCUCAUCUGACACGCAGUAUUGUCCUGUGACGCAAGAGUCUGUCCGGGCACCACAUGAACAUAAGGUGUUGGUCUGCAGUUACCAAGGCAUCGCACAGGUGCCGCAACUACACCCAUUUCAGAGUGUCUAUCUGCAGAAUUCGCCCACAAAUUUUAUUGGAAUAAGGUUUAUAGGCCAGUUAUUGAAACUGCUUGUGUGUAACAACGAAAAGUUUGGCGCUCACCUCCAGAAACAUGUGAAGGAGCUUGUGGGACAUGAACUCAAUCCAACCGUCUAUCCAAUCCUGUUUGACCAAAUCAAGGUCUACAUGGACAAGUGCUUUAACACUAUGGGACAGGUCAACUUGAACGACACCAACACCAUGUUUGUGGAAAAUGUCAUCUUCAUCAUGAAGAAUAUCCUUGAGAACAAGACAGAACAACCAUGUGAACACCUAGGCGUGACAAGCAUAGAACCACUCAUGUUAAACAUAGUAAGAUACGUGCGCCACCUGGACUCUAGCAUACACGCAAUCCAGAUCAAAACAAAACUCUGUCAACUCGUUGGAGCGAUGAUGAAUCGGCGAGAUGAGCUCACCUUCAGACAGGAAAUGAAAUUCAGGAACAAGUUGGUCGAGUACCUCACAGAUUGGAUCAUGGGGAACUCCCAUCAGCUCAACGUUCAGGGAGAUAUCUCGCUCAUGUCCAGAGAUCUUGAUCAAGCGAGUAUGGAGGCUGUGGCGGCAUUGUUGGCCGGCCUUCCCCUUCAGCCGGAGGAGAGCGACCGUGGUGACUUGAUGGAGGCCAAGUCGCAGCUCUUUGCAAAAUAUUUGACUCUGUUCAUGAACCUGCUUAACGACUGUGCAGAGGAGGCUGAGGACAAGGCCAUGGACACAACAAGGAAGAGGUCUGGUUCUAACCUGAGCGCUCUGAGGAACUGCACCGUGACAGCCAUGUCAAAUUUGCUCAAUGCUAACAUCGAUAGUGGGCUCAUGCAUGCCAUAGGUUUGGGCUACCACCGAGAUCCACAGACCCGAGCAGCUUUCAUGGAAGUCCUGACAAAGAUCCUCCAACAGGGUACAGAAUUUGAAACAUUGGCUGAGACCGCUCUGGCGGACCGAUUCGAGCGAUUGGUUGAACUGGUGACCAUGAUCGGUGACAAGGGGGAGUUGCCCAUCGCGAUGGCUUUGACGAGUGUGGUUGCAUUUCCUCAUAUGGAUGAGCUUGCCCGGGUGUUUGUGAGUCUGUUUGAUGCCAAGCAUCUUCUUUAUCAACUCCUGUGGAAUAUGUUUUCAAAAGAGGUUGAGGUAGCCGAGUGUAUGCAGACGUUAUUCCGUGGCAGUAACCUAGCCAGCAAGAUUAUGGUCUUCUGCUUCAGGAUGUAUGGCCAAUACUACUUAAAAGAUUUGCUGACUCCUCUGAUUAUGGAGAUGUUCGAGACAAACCUUUCUUAUGAGGUGGACGCGGCCAGAAUAGAAGACGGGGAAACAGUCGAAGAGAAUCGGAAGAACCUGAUGGAUCUGACGCAGAGAGUGUUCGAUGCUAUUGUAGCGUCUGCAGAUAAAUUUCCACCAAAGUUGCGUUCAAUGUGCCAUUGCCUGUAUCAGGUUGUUACGCAGAGAUUUCAGCAGAGUAGCGUCGAGGCUGUCUGGACUGUUAUAGGAACGAUAAUCUUUCUGCGGUUUAUCAACCCGGCCAUAGUUUCGGUCUUUUCAGUGUCACCCUGUGAAUCCAUCAUCGAGCGAGAGCCCACCCUGAAGAUGAAGAGAGGUUUGACGUUGAUGUGCAAAAUAAUGCAGAACAUUGCAAACCAUGUCCAGUUCACCAAGGAACAGCAUAUGAGACCAUUCAACGAAUUCCUCAAAACGAACUUUGAAUCAGCUAGAAGCUUCAUUGUAGCGAUUGCAUCCGAUUGUGAAGGCUCUGACCAAGCUAACCACAAUGUCGGAUCCUUCAUCAACGACGCCAAUGUCCUGGCCCUCCAUCGUCUGCUGUGGAUCAACCAAGAGAAGAUUGGGGAGUAUCUGUCGAGUAACCGUGACCACCGGGCGGUCGGCCGACGGCCAUUCGACAAGAUGGCCACUCUCCUGGCGUACCUCGGUCCACCAGAACACAGGCCACUCGAUUCACAGUGGAACAGUAUGGACAUGACGAGUACCAAAUUCGAGGAGAUUAUGUCAAAGCACAAUAUGCACGAGAAAGAUGAAUUCAAGUCUGUGAAGGCAUUGAACAUCUUCUACCAGUCUGGCACAAGCAAAGCAGGAAACCCGGUGUUCUAUUAUAUUGCUAGGAGAUACAAAGUUGGGGAGGUGAAUGGAGACCUGCUCAUCUACCAUGUGCUACUCACUCUCAAGCCUUACUACCACAAACCAUUUGAAUUAGUGAUCGACUUCACGCACACAUGUGCUGAGAACAGAUUCAGGACGGACUUUCUCUCAAAAUGGUUCUUUGUGAUGCCGGAAGUUGUUUACCUGAACAUCUUCCAGUCGUAUGUCUACAACUGCAACUCUUGGGUACGAGAAUACACCAAGUACCAUGAUAGGAUACUCGCCCCGCUCAAAGUAUAUAACAAUCGGAAGUUAUAUUUCAUCGACCACCCGACCCGCUUAGAUGACUAUAUUGAACAUGACCAGCAGAAGUUACCACCUGCGACCCUUUCCCUUGAAGAGGAUCUGAAAGUCUUCAACAAUGCACUCAAGUUGUCCCACAAAGACACAAAAGUGGCCAUCAAGGUUGGCCCUGCUGCCAUUCAGGUCACGUCAUCCGAGAAGAGUAAGGUCCUUGGAAACUCUGUCUUACUCAACGAUGUCUACUACGCAUCAGAAAUCGAAGAGGUAAGCCAGAAAGUUUGUCUGGUAGAUGACAAUCAGUUCACUCUGACGAUAUCCAAUGAAAGUGGACCACUCUCUUUCAUCCACAACGACUGUGAUAGUAUCGUGCAGGCCAUAAUCAGGGUCCGCACAAGAUGGGCGCUAACUCAACCGUGUUUUCAGGACUCGGUGACCGUACACACUAAGAUACGACCAAAAGAUGUUCCUGGGACUCUACUUAAUGUGGCUCUAUUGAACCUUGGCAGCUCAGACCCCUGUCUACGGUCUGCUGCCUACAACCUGUUGUGUGCACUCACUCAAACGUUUGAUCUCAGGAUUGAAGGGCAGCUCUUAGAAACUAGUGGUCUGUGUAUUCCUGCCAACAACACAAUAUUCAUCAAGAGCAUCAGUGAAAAACUUGCUCAGAAAGAGCCACACUUGACUCUGGAGUUCUUGGAGGAAUGUAUCCAAGGCUUCAGUAAUUCGAAUAUAGAAAUGAAGCACUUGUGUCUGGAGUACAUGACGCCCUGGCUGCCCAAUUUGACCAGGUUUUGCCGGCAUCCUGAUGAGAAUAAACGACAAAAGGUGGCGCUGAUUCUCGAUAAGCUCAUUACAAUGACAAUAGAGGAAGAUGAGAUGUAUCCUUCCAUACAAGCCAAGAUCUGGGGUAACAUAGGGCAGGUGCCGGAGCUGUUAGACAUGGUCCUGGACAGCUUCAUCAAGAGGAGUGUGACCGGAGGUCUCGGUUCCAACCCGGCAGAGAUCAUGGCAGACACAGCAGUAGCACUAGCAUCAGCGAAUGUACAGUUGGUGUCAAGAAAAGUCAUUGGUAGAUUAGUGCGGCUGAUAGACAAGACUUGUAUGUCUCCAACUCACACCCUCGAGCAGCAUCUGAUGUGGGAUGACAUCGCUAUCUUGGCUCGAUAUCUCCUCAUGUUAUCCUUCAACAACUCCUUAGAUGUUGCUAGUCACCUGCCGUUCUUAUUCCAUAUUGUGACACUGCUGGUAUCGACUGGACCUCUCUCCUUGCGUGCCUCCACGCAUGGCCUGGUCAUCAACAUUAUACAUUCUCUUUGCACAUGCUCUCAACUCAAUUUCUGUGAGGAAACCAUUCGUGUUCUGAAGCUUAGUCUGACGGAAUUCUCACUGCCGAAGUUCUAUACACUCUACGGCAUCAGUAAGGUGAAAUCGGCUGCAGUCAGUGCAUUCAGGUCAACGUUCCGAACAGGAGACCGGUCGUUCACUUAUCAACAUGCUGAACAUGAACGAAUGCCUCUCGGCCAUCUUGAGAUUGUGACUGACGCUUUAUUAGAAAUAAUGGAGGCCUGUAUGAAGGAUAUAAGAAAUUGUGAUUGGUUGAAGAAGUGGCAGGCAGUGACAAGGCGGUUUGCAUUCCAGUAUAAUCCUGCCCUUCAGCCGCGUGCCAUAGUCGUGUUUGGCUGCAUCAGCAAACAGGUGACCGACUCUGAGAUCAAACAGCUUCUGAGGACACUCAUGAGGGCAUUAGAAUCCGGCAACGAUAUUACUCCAGUUGAAGCGAUUGUAAUGUGUCUCACAAGGCUUCAACCUUUACUCUAUCCUGAAUCUCCUAUCCAUAAUUUCUUGUUCUGGGUGGCCAUCGCGGUGCUGCAACUGGAAGAGAUGUCAUUAUUUGCCUCGGGACUUGCAUUGCUGGAACAAAACCUCCACACGUUGGAUAGCUUCAAAAAGUUUGAGGAUGAGACGUUAGAGAAAGUGAUGAUGGACACUCGAGAGAAAUUGGAGUGGUAUUUCAAGCAGCUCGACCACUCGGUGGGAAUUAUCUUCAAGGCGGACUUCAACUUUGCUCUUGUUGGCCACCUCCUAAAGGGAUUCCGCCAUCCAUCGCCUACCACUGUGUCAAGGACUAUCAGGGUGCUAAAUAUGCUACUCUCCAUAGUAGCGAAACCUCACAAGAGGGAUAAAUUCCAGGUGACGGAAGAAAGUGUGCCAUAUUUAGCUGCAUUAGUUGCAGUUUCAGAAGAAGUGCGGAGUAGAUGUCACCUGAAACACUGCCGCGUUCGCCCAAUCCCAGAAUCCCUCAGCAGUGACAGCUUGAGCACGGAUAUGUCUCAGGUGCCUCCUAUCCAUAUGCCGCCACCCUCUGCUUCCUCGGUUGCCAAGCGUCAAAAGUCCUGGGAACUUCUUGAUCAGAAUGCCAUGGCGUCUGCCCAGCGCCAUCAGAAGAGCACCCACUUGACCCAGGUUCAGGUCAGGGAGCACACCACCAUGCAGCGUAUUCACUAUUUUAGAAAUCAGGCCAGUAACCCUAAAACUUGGAGGAGUCUAGAUCUUGAGUCUAAUGCUAGACCUGUGCUCUUCAAAACGCAGCGAAGCAGUUCUAUGCCGACGCCAGGUCGCACAAAGAGUAUGGACACCGCGACUCCGAAAGCCCCACUGUCCGCACCACCCCAGAGUAUGAACACGCUGUCAAAUCAGGAAAAUUCGUCGGCGUCUGGUUCCGUGACCAUCUCCACAGCAAGUACAGCCAGCACCAAAACAAGUAGUCGGACGUCGCGAGGGUCAGUGUCCAAUGAGAACAACGUACUCUUAGACCCAGAGGUGCUAACGCCGACGUCACAGACGUUAUGUCUGACUAUCCUGGCAACCCUGGUGAAGAACACCACCGAUGAGAACGAAAUGAGGAUACUUUACGAAUACUUGGCGGAAGCAUCUGUAGUGUUCCCAAAGGUUUUCCCUUUCAUUCACAGUUUACUUGAUGCGAAGAUCGUAAGUGUGCUGAACUUGGUACAUGACCAAGCGAUUCUGAACGCAGUACAGAGUAUUAUCCAGAAUGUCAUCGGCUGUGAUGAUACGGGCCUAUCUUUGUCUUACCUCCAGAGUGAGUAUAAAGAUUCAAAAAAACGAAGUCUGCAACGUCAAUAUUAUUUUCAGACUAUUGGUUUUGGUGGCCUGUGGAGGUUUGCUGGUCCUUUUACUAGAGGAUCUCAGAAUCUAGAAAACGCUGAACUAUUUGUAAAUUGCCUGGAGGCAAUGGUCGAGACAUGUCUACCGGGUGAUGAUUUAGACGUGCAAAACCCGUACCCUGUCUCGCUAGGGAUCAAUUCAAAUUUGACACUGUCAAGCUCCAUGUCGAAUCUUAGCAUGGCAAGUGCGGUUCACACGCCUGCAGAGAAAAGUGAAAAUGAACUCACAGUGCCAUCUAAUGGCCAACGAAUGAGGCACGGCUCGGCAAGCCAAGUCCACAACAAGACUCACGGCAGCUUCAAGCGGAAAACGAGUAAAAAAGUGAAACCGGAACCGGGCGGCACAUCAGGUGCAGCGACUUUUGAAUAAUGGUGCAACAUGUGUUUGAUUUUAUUGUAGCUCUGUGAGGAUCAAAAGCAGACGCAUUGAAAUUGAGGAAACGUUUCGUUGUCUGAUAUUUUGUCUGCCUGUAGUGGCAUGGCAGACGUGGUAUUCUGAGAUAAAUAUCAGACUAAUUUUACUAAGAAGGGAAUCCUGCUACUUGGGGUAUUCUUCAAUAUGUUUUUACUUAUUCACAAUUGGACAAUGAUAGUUAUAGACUUUAGAUACUAUUUUACAAAAUCUGCUUUUAAUUCUCACGUGAGCGAACGUGCAAUGGUCCCUAGGAAGCUGUGUCAUGUGACUGCCCAUGUGUUGUCAGUGCUCAAGAUGGUAAUCCCAUCACGGAGGAUGUAUUAAACAUAUGUCUGCUCUAGUUUACAGGCCUUCAUCCAAUGAUUUCUACCUUGUGGUGAAUGCUUAGUAAUCUCUUUGAGCAGUCACUUCUGUAUGUCGAAGUUAGGUAAUGUUCGAGUGUAAAUCCACCCGUCAUUGUGUAAACAGAUUAACCUUGUGUAGGUGUUUUUUCAGUUUUUGGCUCUGACCUACCAUGCCUGUGCCAAAAUAUAAAUUGGGUCCUAAAAACGUUAGUUGCGCCUGAUUUUGGUCAACUUCGGAAGUUAUUGUGGGACACCCUUUAAAAUAAUUCAGAUUCUUUUACCUGGGCAUGUCAUAAUCUAUCAUGCCUGAAACUCAGUCUUGAGUAGUCCCUAAUACAAAGUUAUUAAAGCUAUUGAUAUGGAUAAAAUUAAUUGAUUUAUUAUUUGACAGGAUCACUCAUUAAUAUCAUAACUUGUCAUCAUAUUGUUGUAUUUGACUGUUAUUCGCUCCAUCAAAGCUAAUAUCCUUUCAGGUCAUUUGGGUCAUCAUCAGUGGUGUUCUCUUGUUAUCAGUGUUCUCUAGUGUUCUCCAGUCGUCACAAAGACUGUCACACUCGACAUACUCUGCCUGCAUAGUUGGCCAUAAGGAUUGGCGUUUUAUUCUGAUGAUGUACAAAUGUAUUUUACCAAAGAAGAGUAGUCUAGGGAUGAAGCUGCAUAUAGCUGAGAUCACUGAAUCAUGAAAAGGGAACUUUAAAUGGUUGUUAUUAUAAAUAGCACUUCACCAGAACUUAAAUAAUUCAUUCCAGUGAAAUGUAUCCUCUGUAUAUUGGGGUUUGGCCAAACUGUGGAUAAGGUAAUGUUGGCAACCGUUAUUUGAUAGUAAGAUAAAGAAAUUUGUACAUUUUGUAAAAUACCAUACAUUGUUGUUUCUGUGUCUUUUAGCCUCCAUAUUUGCUGGACAUAAAAUGCUAUUGUGGAAUGCAAUGUGAAGCCCAUCUUUUAAGAAUGUUCAUCGUGUGUUUCGUGCUAGGAAACGUUGAGGUUGCUUUUAAAAUGUUAGAAUAAUAUGAUGAUAGCCUUCAGACCCAACUUUUUACAGAUUGGUUGCCAUUGGACGACUCUGCAACGUCCAACUUCGGGCAACAUUGGAGUAUGAGUAAACAUGAUAUCUUUGUUGACUGAAUUUGGGUUACAUGAUUUCAAUAGUUCUACAUUUGGCUGGAAAUAUCCUUAAAUCUUCAAUAUUCUUGGUACAUGUAUAUGAUUGGACCUCCUACUUGCUGCACUAUAAGUUGGUAAAAAGUUUCAGUGGUUUGCUUAGAAGUAAAAUGUUCCAUUAAAAAGCAAUCUUGGCUAAGUUUGUCUUCUGUAUUGUGUACUGUAAACUGCUAAAUUUUUGCAUGGACGUUUUAUUUUUCACUGAUUUGGCUGAAAAUCAAUAUUUGAAAAAUAGAAAUUGCUAAAUUAUUUUUAAUUGGAAAAACCGGAAGAAAUUCUUCUUGGCCACAAAAAUGAAAAUCAUGAAUUUUUAAAAUUCUUUUGAGGAAUUUUUGCAAAUUGCAAAAAUAAAUAGUGCAAGCACAAUAGCCGGCAGUUUACCGUAUAAGGAGCUUGUUGGGGGCUAAUUCUGAUACACAAAGUUAAUAAUUUUUUGAUUUAAGGUGCUGUUUUUCGUGAGAAAGACUUGCUGGCCAGUACAGAAAUGAUCAGAUUUGUUGAAGCUCAAUGUGAAUUGCUGUAUGCAGUAGGUAGCCUUAGGUUGAAUCGAAAGCGAUACAUUCUCAGGACUGCCCUGGACGUUUAAGUUGAAUUCGCUUCGUGAGAUGCAUAACUAUCCUGUAUAUUUAUGAAGAAGAAAAAAAGUAUGAGUAAUUAUCUCCAUUAGAUACUAGUGAAUCAAACUCCAUUGUCUGAAACAGAAAAUGAAUUAUAAUGUCUGUACAUUACACGGAGACAUGAUAGUUCAUUUUCUGUUUCUUUGGUGGCUCCACCAGUAUUCCAUGAGGACACAUUAUUCGUACAUCUUAAGUAAGACGUAUUGCUACAAGUUACCAGUUCAACGAAAUGCCCGAGACCAAAAAUAAUCAAUUGGUGCAUCUUUAUUGGCAAGUUUUAGAAAAUUCCAAGUCUCAUCCAAAGUCAAUGUAUUUUUAUCUUGCACCAGAUAAUGUUAAUUUUACCGAAUUUGUUUGUUCUGGGAUGAUGCACACGAUGUUAAAUGUAAAUAUUUUAUCCUAUGCCAUUGUUCUGGCGACAUUCAAUAAGUUGGUCAUUUUUGGUCUUGCCAUAUUUUGUUCUUAACCGUUCAUGCUCAAACUCAUGUUUGCCAAGUUACAAUCAUUUAGUUAUGUUCAGGAUGGUAUCUUCUGUUAUAUUUUGACCCACCUUUUUAACUAGAUUGUUGGCAUUCCUUGUGAUGUUGUUCAAUGACUUCUACCCCUUGAAAACUGACGCAUUUCGAAACAGUGGGGCAGAAAAGUGCAGUUCUCAGCCACUUGGUAACCAGUCCCUAUAUCAACACUGUAUUCAUCAUCCAUCAGCAAAGGCAAUUGCCAGUACUGCUUGUGCAUUAUAUAUAUCAUCCCUGUUGGGCAGAUUGGUUUUUAAAAGAGCCCUGAAAUAAAAUAAAAUCACUUUCACAAUAUGAUAACAUGGCCUUGUGUUGUUACCAGGGGGGGGGGGAGAUCUGUGAGAGUGAGCAGUUUUGUAAGUCUGGUAUGAUUUUAUCCUACAAGUGAACAACGACUUCUGAGAAUGUUGAAAAUGUACAUGUUGGAGUCCAUUGAGUGUGUACCUGUGAGGAGAUUUUCUCACUCUUCUCCUGUUCAGAAUGAUAACUCCUUUGGGUCAUGAGGAGGGGUUCAAAAUGGCAGCACAGGCCCUGAUGUCAUUGUAUCAUUGUAAGUUUUGUGCUGCAACUAGAAUUCUACAUGAUCCCCAAUGGAUUUUAUAUCUUACUGUGAAUGAGCUCCAUGUUUUAAUGACGCUUUAACUUAUAAUAACAUCCUUUAAUUAGUGCUUGGAACAUACUUAAUGGACAAAGUAAAAUGGCUAAAGAUUGUUGACAAGUUAAUUUUAAAUCUUGUUUUGGUUGCCAUGCCUUGGUCUAGUCUUGUCUCACUACUCAUUAUGUAUUAUAUGGGCUGACUGUGAAGACAGUUAUAGUGGUAUUUGUAGUCACUGGAUUGUGUAAUAAAAUGUUUUUAUA